AUGUCCUCCUUCUCCAGAUUAGCCCAACGGUCCUGCGCAGUCAUGGGCAGACGGCUGGCUGUCAAGCCUUUGUCUCUCCGAACCUCCUUCAACGACCGGUUUGCGUCUACCAUCGGUGCUGGAAGUGGCAAGAUUCACCAGGUCAUCGGUGCUGUCGUAGACGUCAAAUUUGAUGUUGCCAAGUUGCCUGCCAUCCUGAACUCUCUUGAGACGGACAAUAAUGGCCAGAAGCUCGUGCUCGAAGUCGCCCAGCAUCUCGGUCAGAAUGUGGUCCGCUGCAUCGCCAUGGAUGGUACUGAGGGCCUCGUCCGUGGCGCUAAGGCAACAGAUACUGGUGCCCCCAUUACCAUCCCCGUGGGCCGUGCCACACUGGGUCGUAUCAUGAACGUCACUGGGGACCCAAUCGAUGAGCGCGGACCCAUCAAGACAGACACAUUCUUACCUAUUCAUGCGGAGCCGCCUUCUUUCACUGACCAGUCCACCUCUGCCGAAAUACUAGUCACUGGUAUCAAGGUCGUGGAUCUGCUCGCUCCCUACGCUCGUGGUGGAAAGAUUGGUCUUUUCGGUGGUGCUGGCGUUGGUAAGACUGUCUUCAUUCAAGAAUUGAUUAGCAAUAUUGCCAAGGCCCAUGGAGGUUACUCAGUCUUCACCGGUGUUGGUGAGCGCACACGUGAGGGCAACGAUCUGUACCACGAGAUGCAGAAGACAUCCGUCAUCCAGCUUGGGGGUGACUCCAAGGUUGCCCUAGUGUUCGGUCAGAUGAACGAGCCACCAGGCGCUCGUGCCCGAGUUGCUCUCACCGGUCUGACUGUUGCUGAGUACUUCCGUGACCAGGAAGGUCAAGAUGUACUGCUCUUUAUCGACAACAUUUUUCGAUUUACCCAAGCCGGUUCCGAAGUUUCAGCUUUACUGGGUCGCAUCCCCUCUGCGGUUGGUUACCAACCAACCCUAGCUGUUGACAUGGGAGGUCUGCAGGAGCGCAUUACCACCACCAAAAAGGGCUCUAUCACCUCAGUCCAGGCUAUCUAUGUACCUGCCGACGACUUGACAGAUCCUGCCCCCGCCACUACUUUCGCUCACUUAGACGCCACCACUGUUUUGUCCCGUGGUAUCGCUGAGUUAGGUAUUUAUCCCGCCGUUGACCCUCUCGACUCCACCUCCCGUUUACUUGACCCUCGUAUUGUUGGCCAGGAGCACUAUGACAUUGCGACCCGCGUCCAGCAGAUCCUGCAGAAGUACAAGAGCCUUCAAGAUAUCAUCGCUAUUCUGGGUUUUGACGAACUGUCUGAGGCCGAUAAGCUUACUGUCGAUCGUGCUCGGAAGAUCCAGCGCUUCUUGAGCCAACCUUUCGCUGUCGCUGAAGUCUUCACUGGCAUCGAGGGUAGACUAGUUGAGCUGAAGGACACCGUCGCCUCGUUCAAAGCCAUCCUUAACGGUGAAUGUGAUGACCUGCCCGAGGCUGCCUUCUACAUGGUCGGUGACCUGGCGUCGGCUCAAAAGAAGGGUGAGAUGAUUAUGGCGGGUCUGAAGAAGGAGUAG